GAGAGAGCGACGGUGAGAGGUGGAGAGAUUUUCUGCCGAGAGCCAGUUUACCUUCACCCCGGUCUCUUUGUGCUGCUCAAUACAAAAUCAGGGAAGACGGAGGGCAACAGGUGAAAAUGGGGAAAAAAGCGGAAGAGAGCAGCGCGGAAUAUGGGGAACCGGCCCAGUACGACCCAUCUUUCAAUGGACCCAUACACAACCGGAGCUGCACUGACAUUAUUUGUUGUAUACUGUUCAUGGCCGCCAUUGCCGGGUACUUGGUGGUUGGAAUUAUGGCAUGGCUCUAUGGUGACCCCCGACACGUCCUCUACCCCCGAAACUCCACAGGAAUGUUCUGCGGCAUCGGAGAGAACAAGGACAAGCCGAACGUGCUUUAUUUUGACUUGCUCAAAUGUGCCACGGGCACAAACAUUAUGGCAGCAGCCCUGAACGGGCUACAGUGUCCCACCACACAGGUGUGUGUGAAAGACUGCCCUAAGGAAUUCUGGAUAGCACAGCUAAUCAACAUCGCACCGAACAAGGUUUUCCAACAGCAGUACUGUGUCCCCUCUCUUGACCUGAGCACUACCACACUGUCUGCCACACAAAUCCUGGACAAGGAGCUGUGCCCGCUGUUCACCACUCCAUCAUCUCCAGUGCUGGGCAGGUGUUUGCCCAGCUUAGGGUCUCUGAACACGGUACCCACCAACUUCACCCUGCCCGGGCUGCCCUCUGCAAACGCCAGCGUCAGCGCCAUCAAAAACGCCACCGGGGACGUAGUGUCCGGCUUCAAUGCGAAGGAGAUUGGGGUUCGAAUCUUCGAAGACUUUGCCUCCUCAUGGCACUGGAUUCUCAUUGGUCUCCUGAUAGCCAUGCUGGUCAGUCUGCUGUUCCUCCUGCUGCUUCGGUUCACUGCUCCUGUGCUGAUCUGGGUUCUCAUAUUCGGAUUGCUGGGAGUUGUAGCCUACGGAAUAUGGCACUGUUACUGGGAGUAUGACAACUACAAAAACUCCCAGCUGACCUUCAGCGACGUGGGCUUCACCACCAACGUCUCUGUGUACCUGCAGGUCAAGGAGACCUGGCUGGCCUUCUUGAUAAUCCUCUCUGUGCUGGAGGCCAUUCUCAUCUUAGUCCUGCUCUUCCUCCGAAAGAGGAUCCUCAUCGCCAUCGCGCUCAUCAGAGAGUCCAGCAAGGCGGUGGGGUACAUGAUGUCCACGCUGGCGUACCCCCUGGUCACCUUCGUGCUGCUGGUGGUGUGUGUGGCCUAUUGGGGCGUCACCGCACUAUACCUGGCCACCUCGGGAGCACCAAUCUACAAAGUGGUGGCUUUGAACUCGUCUCAGGCCGACUGCAAGUCCAUCAACGGCAGUGUGGACUGCGAUCCGCUGUCCUUUAACUCCUCCUCCUACCCGUCCUGCCCGACGGUGAGCUGCAUCUUCAUUAAGUACAACAACGAGGGCCUGUUCCAGAGGAACCUCUUCAACCUGCAGAUCUACAACGUGCUGGCCUUCCUCUGGUGCGUCAACUUCGUCAUCGCCCUGGGUCAGUGCACGCUGGCCGGCGCCUUCGCCUCGUACUACUGGGCCUUCAACAAGCCCUCCGAUAUCCCAGCAUUCCCUCUGACCCAGUCUUUCAUCCGCACUCUACGGUACCAUGUGGGCUCUUUGGCAUUCGGAGCUCUGAUCCUCACCAUCGUCCAGUUCAUUCGGAUUGUGCUGGAAUAUCUGGACCACAAGUUCAGAGCUGCUCAGAAUUGCUGUUCCCGUUUCAUCAUGUGUUGUCUGAAGUGCUGCUUCUGGUGUCUGGAGAAAUUCAUCAAAUUCCUCAACAGGAACGCCUACAUCAUGAUCGCCAUUUACGGGAAGAACUUCUGUGUCUCGGCGAAGAACGCCUUCAUGCUGUUAAUGCGGAACAUCGUGAGGGUGGUAGUGCUGGAUAAGGUGACGGACCUGUUGCUGUUCUUUGGAAAGCUGCUUGUGGUGGGAGGAGUCGGUGUUUUGGCUUUCUUCUUCUUCUCGGGCCGAAUCCGGAUGCCCGGGGACCCUUUCCAAGCCGAGCAGCUGAACUACUAUUGGGUGCCCAUCAUCACCGUGGUAGUGGGGGCGUACCUCAUCGCGCAGGGCUUUUUCAGCGUCUACAACAUGUGUGUGGACACACUGUUCCUCUGUUUCUUGGAAGACCUGGAACGGAACGAUGGGUCGAUGCAGAAGCCUUACUACAUGUCAAAGAAUCUGAUGAAAAUCUUAAACAAGAAGAACAAAGUGGCUAAAAAGGAGUGACGAAAGGAUGGAUGAAGAAAAUGACCCCGCAACCUUGCCCUACUGAUGUAAAGACCUUUUGACUUUCCUUCCUUCUCUCUCCUUCCUUCCCUUUCACUUUGAAUUUCUUUCUCAUCAUUACCCCUCUUUCUCCCUAUCACACCCAUGAAUGAGUUGGAAGUUUACACGAUGUUAACGUCCAUUUGCACUUUUUUAACGAGUUGUAUCAUGCCGUCGUUUUAUUUUGGACUGCAUCAUGCCGCCCCCUACGGGGAUGUCCCAUUGGCUGCUCAGGGAACCGUGCGGCCAAUCACACAGCAUCAGCGAUGGGAAUUCCGGUCUUCUUAUUGGUUGCCGGGGGCGUCACUCUCUCUCUGUGCCUUACUGAGUUAAAGGGCACCAGGAGUGCUUCUGUGAAAAACAGAAACUCAGAGGUGUGUCUAACCAACAGCUUUCCCUGAGGUUAUAGUCCAAUUACAGUGCCUUAUUGAACCCUUAAAUGAUCACGGUAAGGUGAAGUAUUUGCUGUUGUGCAGGGAAUGACCAGGUGCCCUCUGAGUCAGUCAUUAUAAGAGAUUGCUGGUAAUAAACCCCACAGGAGAGGAGCUUUACCUGCAAGUGCGUGAUGGCGACAGGAGCAGAGGGACUUUUAUGAUGAAUGCAAGAGUACAUUUUUAAAAAACUAUUUUCUUAAUAUGACACCUAGAACUGAUUGAAUUAUGUGAGAGAAAUAUUGCACAUUUUAUGGAAUUUGUAUAUUUUAUAAUGCCAAAAACUACUGCUUUAAAAGCCGUUUUAGAAUUUGCACAGACCAAAUGCCAGGACGUACUGUAUAUAGCUGUAAAUCUACGCAAACAAAGACUAUUAAAUCAGAUACUUACACACUGAUACAGUAAGUAGCCAUAGAUAAGUUUCAAGUAAGUUACAAAAAAGGAAGUGAUUGAACAAAGCUGUUGCCAUGGAACUGACAUAUCUGAGGAUGUACAAUAGUGUGAGUGUUUGAUUUUCUCAUUUUAUUUGUGAAAUCCUUUUUAUACACGGAAUUUGACUUUUGAUGUGGUAAUUUGCAAUGAAAAGGAUAUUUAUUAAGA